UUAUAUAUACACGCACACAUUCCCUCUUCCUUCCUCAUUCCAUAUGCCUUUCCCCAAUUUCUCUCUCUAUCACCAAAGAAAAGAAUCAAUUACUCCAUUACAAUCCUGCAUUAAGAUUUUAGAGUUCAUCCACACAAUAAACACAAACCCAAAAAAACCUACCGCCACCUUUACACGUGAUUUCUCCAGCUCACACUCAAAUGUACAAGCCUUGCACACAACAAAUUUGAACUAGUACAAGUACAAAGUAAACAGCAUUGUCUCUUCACAAAAAUUUAAACGACUCCUCCUCCUCUUUAUUACUUGAAAUGGGUCUUUCAGGCCCUUCCAUACUUCUUCUAUGCUUGAUUCUUCUUCAAGCUAUGGCAGGCUCUUUAGCGGUCAUUGUAGGAUUGAGAAGGCGCAAUGGUAAUAUGCAAAGAAGGCGGCCAGGGUUUGAAGGUUAUCAACCAGUAUGUGAUAUUUUCAGCGGAAGUUGGGUACAAGAUGACACAUAUCCAUUGUAUCAAUAUUCAAAUUGUCCCAUUAUCGAUCCUGAAUUCAAUUGUCAGUUGUUUGGACGACCCGAUUCAAAUUAUCUUCAUUAUCGAUGGAAGCCUACAGACUGUGAACUCCCAAGGUUCAAUGCACUUGAUUUCUUGAUGAGAAUGAGGGGAAAGACUGUUAUGUUUGUAGGUGACUCGCUUGGUCGAAACCAAUGGGAGUCUCUGAUAUGCAUGGUUCAUUCAGCAGUGCCUCUUUCCCCUACUCAGUUCAUUAGAGGAGAUCCUCUAUAUAGUUAUAAAUUCUUGGAGUAUGGUGUGUCUAUUUCUUUCUACAAGGCUCCUUAUCUUGUAGAUGUAGAUGUGCUUCAAGGAAAAAGGAUACUGAGACUAGAUAAAAUCUCUGAAAAUAGUAAUGCAUGGCUUGAGGCUGAUAUCUUGUCUUUUAAUUCUGGUCAUUGGUGGACUCAUAAAGGAUCUCUGCAAGGGUGGGAUUAUAUGGGAGAUGGAGGAGCAUAUUACACGGAUAUGGACAGAUUGGUUGCUUUUAGUAAGGGGUUGAGCACAUGGGCUAAUUGGGUGGACCUCUAUGUUGACAGAACCAGGACUAGGGUCUUCUUCCAGUCCAUUUCUCCUACCCACUACGAUCCUAUGGAAUGGAGAGACCCGGUAUCAAAGAAUUGCUACGGAGAAACUAUGCCUGUUAGUGGAGGAAACUACAGCGGGAUUUAUCCAGACCAAAUGGGUAUAAUUAGCGGUGUAAUCAGGUUGAUGACAUAUCCUGCUUAUUUGCUGGACAUUACUACCCUUUCGCAGCUCAGAAAAGACUGCCAUCCUUCAAUAUAUAGCGGAGACCUUACUCCUCAACAAAGAGCUAGCCCAGAUCACUCUGCAGAUUGUAGCCAUUGGUGCCUUCCAGGACUUCCUGAUACCUGGAACCAGCUUUUAUAUACUGCCCUCUUCUUCUAACCUGAAGUUUUUAUCUUGAAUUCGUACAAUUUCAUAAUUAGUUGUUGUAUUGAUUAUUCUUCCUUUCCCGUAAUUCCUUUUGUAACCAAGUGCAACUAGUGGGCGGGAAAUAGAUACAAAUUAAUGUGUAACAGCUUCGUUGGUUUUGAGAUGUAUUAAUUGUGAGAAUUUUGAUGUUAUAUAUGAAAGUAAUUGAUGGUUUACAU